ACGAAUCGGCUGACUUCGGCAAACAUCGGAGUCUGUCGGCAGGACUCGGACAAGCAAGGAUGGAGGAAGAGGCACGGCGGUUACUCGAAGAAGGAAUCAGUAAGAAAUUGCUAAGCUCCGGUAAAGGACAACUUUCCACCUUCCCCGAUGGCACAAAGGUGGUCUUCCACUACCGCACCAGCCUGUGUGAUGGCACAGUACUGGACGACUCCAAGUCCAUGGGCUGCUGCAGCAAGCCCAUGGAGCUGAUCCUGGGCAAGAAGUUCAAACUGGCAGUGUGGGAGAGAGUGCUGGUCACCAUGAGACAAGGAGAAAUGGCAGAAUUCACAUGUGACACCAAACACACGGCACUCUACCCGCUGGUGUCCCAGUCCCUGAGGAACAUCAGCGUGGGGAAAGACCCCCUGGAAGGCCAGAGGCAUUGCUGCGGCAUUGCACAGAUCCACUCCCACCACUCGCUCGGACACAAGGAUCUGGACCAACUUCAGGCUACUCCGCAGCCUCUCAUCUUCACCAUUCACCUUCUGGAGGUUCUUCCUCCGGGCUCGUUCCAGCUGGACGUGUGGGCCAUGACGGACGAGGAGAAGUUGGCGUUUGUGCCCCACAUCCACGAGGAGGGCAACGCCCUCUUCAAACAAGGCCGAAUAAAGGAGGCCACGGAGAAAUACUACAAUGGCAUCGCCUGCCUGAAGAAUCUACAGAUGAAGGAGCAACCAGGAGAUGAAGCUUGGAUCAAGCUGGACCACAUGAUCACACCUCUGCUCCUCAACUACUGCCAGUGCCAGCUACUGCAGGGCCAGUACUACGACGUCAUUGAACACUGCUCCUCACUCACCUUCAAAUAUGAAGGUAAACAACGUGAAGGCCUACUACAAGCGAGCCAAGGCCCACGCCGCCGUGUGGAACGAGAUGGAGGCCCGAGCAGACUUUGGCAAAGUGUUGGAGCUGGACCCCUCCCUGGGACCCUCCGUGGCCAAGGAGCUGCGCGCCAUGGAGGACCGUAUCCGCAGCAAGGAGAAGGAGGAAAAGGGUCGCUACAAAGGCCUGUUCAACUACGACACGCGACCUCCCACCGCCACCACAGGCUGACACUCCACAGUGACCACACACCUUACCAUGCCUGUGAGACUAUUCUUGUAUCCCACAAACUCUUUCUACACACACCUGCUCCACACCAAACCUUCCCCCAGGUGUAACUGCUUUAUUCCACUUGUAAACAAGUGUCACACAGCUGCUAGAAUCACAACUAAAUGUACUUUGUCCCCCUCAUUAGUCACAUGAGCCAGCAGAAAGAUGAUUCCUUAGCCUGCGGUCAGGGCAAUCAUUGGCUGUUAUUUCACCAACAAGCCAUUAUAAAGUUGGACUUUUUAAUCAUGUGGGGUGCAUGAGAAAGUCAUUACUAACUGUUCAGUCAGCAUUGCUUAUAAAGCAAACAUCGCACGCAUGACUUCAGAUCAGGGGGGUCCAAACUUUAUCCAGCAGGGGCCACUUUACAUUAAAGAUGUGUACUAAGCCAGCUGAUAGCAUUGUGUUACAGGUGACAGGAAAUUAGUGGAAUUUAACUCGGGCUGUCAAAAAUAAGUGAACUCGUGUGAUUAAUCGCAAACAAACAUUGCAUAAAUCAUGGAUAUAUACAGAUUAAUUUAGUAUUUUCUAAUCUAUUCAAACAAUAACAUUGCAUUUGUGUCUAAAUACUGAGCUCUUUUUUUUUCAUUAAUUGGAAUGUUUAAGUUAAUUACAUUUAUGCAAGUGAGUAAUAUUCUGAUUAGGGAUGUCCGAUAAUGGCUUUUUGCUGAUAUCCGAUAUUCCGAUAUUGUCCAACUCUUUAAUUACCGAUACCGAUAUCAACCGAUAUAUGCAGUCGUGGAAUUAACACAUUAUUAUGCCUAAUUUGGACAGGCAGGUAUGGUGAAGAUAAGGUCCUUUUUUUAAAAAUUAGUAAAAUAAGAUAAAUAAAUUAAAAACAUUUUCUUGAAUAAAAAAGAAAGUACAACAAUUUAAAAACAGUUACAUAGAAACUAGUAAUGAAUGAAAAUGAGUAAAAUUAACUUAAAGGUUAGUACUAUUAGUGGAGCAGCAGCACGCACAAUCAUGUGUGCUUACGGACUGUAUCCCUUGCAGACUGUAUUGAUAUAUAUUGAUAUAUAAUGUAGGAAGCAGAAUAUUAAUAACAGAAAGAAACAACCCUUUUGUGUGAAUGAGGAGGGAGGUUUUUUUGGUUGGUGCACUAAUUGUAAGUGUAUCUUGUGCUUUUUAUGUUGAUUUAAUUCAAAAAAACAAAAACAAAACAAAAAAAACCCCGAUACCGAUAAU